AUGAAGUUUGCAACUUUUACUUUUGUCGCGGCCCUCGCCGCCGACCUCAUAUCAGGCAACCCUAUCGCCCGAGCCAAGAAAACGCCCUACCUUUUCCUCAUCGGAGACUCGACUGUCGCUGUCAACGGCGGCUGGGGCGAUGGGCUCUUGUCUUAUAUCAAAGACCCGGCCAGAGGCGAGAACAGGGGCAAGAGCGGCUCAACGACGGUCUCGUGGAAGUCAAACGGACGCUGGAGUGCGCUUCUGAAAAGCAUCAACGAGACCAAGGCCGACUACGAGCCCAUCGUCACCGUGCAGUUCGGGCACAAUGACCAGAAGAGCUUGACUUUGGACGAGUUCCGAGCGAACUUGAUUUCGAUUGCUGCCGAGCUGAAGCAGGCUGGGGCAACACCGAUCUUCAUCACCUCCCUCACCCGCCGCGCCUUUGAGGAUGGCAAGGUUAUACAGAACCUGCAUGACUGGCGCGGCAAGACGAUUGCGGCGGCCAAGGAGAGCGGCAUCAAGUGGCUGGACCUCAACAUUGCGAGCACGAACUACGUCAACGCCAUCGGGCAGACGAACGCGGCGGCGUACAACUUUGCCGAGACCGACAGGACUCACCUGAACGAGGCGGGCGAGGCCGUCUUUGGGCGCAUGACGCUGGACCUUCUGUUGAAGGCGCGGACCGAUCUUGCUGAUUAUUUUGAGUCGAAUGAGGAACUUAGCGAGGCUAUUGCUAAUGGAGAGUUUACUACCGGUGGCUUGGCAGCUUUCGCUGCUGGCUUUCCCCUUACAUCAAACACGGGUACUCCGGCACGCAAUGUCGACUCACUUGUGUGGGAGAUUCUCCCAACCGGAAGCCGGCAACAGUUUCGGGGCUUAUCGCCAAUCUCGGCCCAAAUCGCCUGGGUUUCGGGAACAAACGGCACUGUUCUUCGUACAACAGACGGCGGCACUACGUGGGCUUCCGUGGGCCCUCCUCUAAGCGCGGAAGACGCGGAGCUACAAUUCCGUGACGUCCAGGCCUUCUCCGCCGAGAGAGCCGUCAUCCUUUCCAUUGGCGAAGGGACUGAUUCGAGGGUUUACAUCACGGAGGACGGCGGCAUAUCCUGGACCCAGACAUUUGCGAACCAAGAAGCGGCGGCAUUUUACAACUGUGUCGAUUUUGAGGAUGAAAACAGGGGCAUUGCCGUUGGUGACCCUGUCGAUGGCAAAUUUCGUCUGAUUGAGACGGUGGACGGAGGAAAAUCCUGGGAGAUUGUUGAUCCCAGCGGCAUGGCACCGGCUCUGGAGGGUGAAUUCGGAUUUGCGGCUAGUGGAACCUGUAUAUCGACGGCGGCUGGACGGUGGUACCUCGCUUCCGGCGGUGUGGAUCCGGGCCGGGUAUUCCGGAGCCCCGACGGACAUGACUGGGAAGCUUCGGCGAGCGGAAUUGCAGGCGGAGCUUCGGCCGGUGUCUUUUCUGUUAUGUUCAGGGACGCAUUUCACGGCAUUGCGGUGGGUGGUGACUUCAAUGUUGCAAAUGGAUCGGCGUAUACCUCCUCAUGGUCGGAAGAUGGUGGGUUGACCUGGACUGCUUCGGAGGUGUUCCCGGGGGGAUACCGGUCCGGAUCAUCGUGGGCUCCGGGGCUCUGUGGAGUUGCGGUCGCAGUUGGGCCGUCAGGAUCGGAUGUAACUGUUGACAGCGGUCGGACGUGGAAGACGUUUGACAAUGGGUCUUUCGAUAGUGUUGAGUGUCUUGCUGGGCGUGUUUGCUGGGCUUCAGGAGCUGGAGGGCGAGUUGGGAAGCUAACGCUGAAGCAAGGCUCAAACACUAGCGAGGAUACACGCCUCCUCAGCCUGUGCUUCGCUAACACCAUCUCAUACAACAUACGCGCAGUAAUUGUUUCUUGUUCAUCGACUGUGCCUGCCAUGGCGGGAAGCCUCCACGCCUACAUCACCGAGGCCUUGACGCCGGGGCGCGUCUUUGCCUCUCUCUUUGUCGUUUUCGUCACUCUUCUCGUCCUCGAUCAUACUUGGAAGCCCACCUAUCCGAGCAACAUCCCUGUCGUUGGCCACGGAAAGGGCUCCAUUGCUCGCAUCAAGAACUUUUGCUACUAUGUCUUUCGUUACAGGGACUGGGUGAUUGAGGGGUACCAGAAGUAUAAUAAGAAGAACCGCGCCUUCAUUGUCCCCGCCGCCGCAAGCAGAGCCCCAGAUAUUAUCCUCCCUCGUUCUCUCACGAAAUGGUUGCUCGAACAUCCGGAUUCCGUUGUCUCCGCCCACGAGGCCCAUAACGAUGUGUUGUACAGCGAUUACAACUUCCUGGGAAAGGUCUACGCCGACGACGUCUGGCAUACGCGAGUAAUUCACAAGAGCCUCGCCCGCCACCUCAGUUCUUUGGUCCCGGGAAUCGAAGAAGAGGUGGCUGUCGCUGUAGACGAGGCCUUUGGUACCGACACAGAGAACUGGCGCACCUUGAGCCUGUGGGAGGCAUGGUUGACCAUCGUCCCGCCCGUAACGAACCGCAUGCUGGUCGGCGACACGAUAUGUCGGAAUAAGGAAUUUUGCAAGGCCAUGGUAUCAUUUGUGGACCAGGUAAUUCUGAACUGCUUUGCGCUGCACAUGGUCCCCCAGAUAAUGCUGCCCAUAUUUGGGCCUUUGAUUGCCCUGCCAAACUGGUGGCUGUGGCGCAAGGCGGCGAAGCACAGUCUGCCAGUCAUUAGGAAACGACUGCACGACCUUCAGAGGAAGGAAGCGGGGGAUCCAGAAUACGAUAGCUGGACUGCACCCGAGGACUUCAUCACCUGGGACAUCCGCCUUGCCAAAGCCGAGCGUAAUUACUUUGAGCUCGAUCCAUACGUUGUUUCGAAGCGGUUACUGCCGAUUCAGUUCGCUGCUAUUCAUACGACGGUCAUCACCGGACACAGCAUUGUUCUCGAUUUGUUGAGUUCCGAUCCGGAGAAGGGGUUCAUUGAGGGUAUCAGAGAGGAGGCGGCAAGGGUGCUGAAGGAGGAGGGUGGCCGCUGGACGAAGAACGGCCUAUCGCGGCUCUACCGCCUCGACAGCGCAAUCCGCGAGAGUCAGAGGCUGAGCAACUUCAGCUGUACACUGAUGGAGCGCAAGGUGGUCGCCAAGGAUGGCAUCACCAACGAGCAGGAGGGUUGGCAUUUGCCGAGGGGUACCUUUUUGACCGUCAAUUUAGAGGGCCUUCAUCACGAUAGCGAGAUCAUUCCCAACGCGACCGAGUACGAUGCCUUUCGCACGAGCAGAGAGAGGGAGGAAUAUGAAGCGAAACCACCGUCAGAAAGGAAUCUGGAUGAGGGACUGCGGUUGAAGAACCUGGGCAUGGUCACAACGAGUGACGCCCAUUUACCUUUCGGCCAUGGUCGGCAUGCCUGCCCCGGCCGCUUUUUCGUCGCCCACGAGCUGAAGAUGGUGGUUGCAAAUCUCCUGCUAAAUUACGAGAUCAAGGCCAUUUCCGAACGGCCGAGGCCGCAGUGGAUCGGCGUCACCGUCGUUCCCCCGGUGGACGCGAAGAUUGAGAUCAAGAGGAGGAAAGGUACCGUGUAA